GGUGAACGUCCAUGAGUAACCCGCUGGAGUUUCGUCACAUCGCCCCACUCUCUGGUGUUUCAAGACUCUGACGGGCAACUGUGACCUCAUCAUGAUGUGAUUUUUUUUGCCUUUCUCAUCCCACUCUCCUCCUCAUCCACUACGGACACAUGGAUGUUUUAUAGACUCCUGUCAUCUAUUGAGCGCUUUCAUUCAACUGUUCAGGAUUGCGUGUCGGUUUGUCUCCACGGGAUGUACCCUGCCUUCUGCCCGAGUCCAGCUGGGAUAGGCUCUAGCCACCCCCCUAGACAAAUUUGUGGUUUCAGCCUGUGCUUGUCGACCGGCUAUGGCACAGCAGGAGGGUUCUCCCAAAAAGCACCCAGCUAUAAGGGCGCUACACUCCCACUUUAUAGUGGGAUCGGUGUCGGAGGAGAAUUCCGAAGAUGAAAUCCAAGGGAAGCCAGAUGUACAGCCGGAAGAGAAGGAGGGACGUUCCUCGUCACCGUCAUCCGGCAGCUCCGACAGUACCUAUGACAUGAGCUUUGAGCACAUCGACAGCAACACGCAUAACCUAAGGUCAAGCAUGUCUGGGCUACAUCUGGUGAAGCGAAGUAGAGAUCGCCGCCGUAUUGAUCUGCAGAGGGACUUCACUGUGGCAUCACCUGCUGAACUUGUCACCCGUUUUGGUGGCAACAAGGUCAUUGAAAAGGUGCUUAUCGCGAACAAUGGCAUUGCAGCAGUUAAGUGCAUGCGCUCAAUUCGACGCUGGGCUUACGAGAUGUUUCGAAAUGAACGGGCAAUCCGCUUUGUGGUGAUGGUGACCCCGGAGGAUCUAAAGGCCAAUGCUGAGUACAUCAAAAUGGCAGAUCAUUACGUCCCUGUGCCGGGAGGGACAAACAACAACAACUAUGCCAAUGUUGAGCUCAUUCUGGAUAUUGCAAAACGAAUACCUGUUCAGGCUGUGUGGGCUGGAUGGGGUCAUGCUUCAGAGAACCCCAAACUCCCAGAGCUACUCAAUAAGCACAGCAUUGCUUUCAUGGGUCCUCCGAGUCAGGCUAUGUGGGCAUUAGGAGAUAAGAUUGCCUCCUCUAUUGUUGCUCAGACAGCUGGUAUCCCAACUUUGCCAUGGAGUGGCACAGGCCUGACAGUCGAAUGGUCAGAGAGCAACCAAAAGAAACGAACCAUCAGUGUUCCCCAUGACUUGUACGAGCUUGGAUGCAUUCAUGAUGUACAGGACGGCCUAAAAGCUUCUGAGAAGAUUGGCUACCCUGUUAUGGUGAAAGCCUCAGAAGGAGGUGGGGGUAAAGGCAUCCGGAAGGUCAAUUCAGCUGACGAUUUACCAAAUCUAUUCAGACAGGUCCAGGCAGAAGUUCCAGGUUCCCCCGUGUUUGUCAUGCAGCUUGCCAAGCAUGCUCGCCACUUGGAGGUCCAGAUCUUGGCCGAUCAGUAUGGAAAUGCCAUUUCCUUGUUUGGCAGAGACUGUUCAGUGCAGCGCCGGCAUCAGAAAAUUAUAGAGGAGGCACCUGCUACUAUCGCCACAUCUGACGUGUUUGAGGAUAUGGAACGGUGUGCAGUUAAGCUGGCAAAGAUGGUGGGCUAUGUCAGUGCGGGUACAGUUGAGUACCUCUAUAGCCAAGAUGGCAGCUUCUACUUCCUGGAGCUCAACCCUCGUCUGCAGGUGGAGCACCCCUGCACUGAGAUGGUGGCUGAUGUCAACUUGCCUGCCGCACAACUGCAG